GUCCUGCUGCCACUCAGCUCGUGUAUAAGCCACCAAUCCGACGAGAGGGUCCUACCUGCAAUGAGAGGGUCUGGCCUGCAACCGGCGGCAGCUUUUCACGCAACAUCCAUGUCUUGUUAAGCUAGCAGAUGGGCUAAGUUGAGGCUGAAUGGAGCGCGGAGUAUGGCGUGGUGCCGAGUGCGAGCAGUGUUGCUGAGAAGCUACCGAGUAUGGUUUAUCACCGUGACUGGGCUAUUGCUCAGUAGCCCAGGCACAUUUUGUGCCAUGGCUAAUGCAAUAAAGUCAUUUGGGAGCGAGUGCCCCCAAACGCUAGACAUUUUCCCCUUUCUCCUGCUCCUUCUUGUUCUUCCAGCACACAGUUGAGCCAGCUUCAGCCCUUUGGACGUGGUGUUGUCAAUCUUUCUCUCAUAACAAUUCCAUUGUUCAGCCUGGCCAUGAUGAACAAGGCAACGAACAUUUACGCUGCCUUUGCAGCUCUGCUGGCUGCUGCUGAUGCUCGCAACUUGCACCAGCCUAGAGCAACUGCGGCCUCUGGUUUCGACUUUGGUGGAUUCAGCCCAAAGCCAACAAGUCCUCCCGAUUUCCCCUUCCACCAGGCUCUCCAGCGCCGAGCAGCUUCAUCGUCUAGUCCCCAAGUUGUCUAUGUUGCCCCUGAUGCCACCUGUGGUUAUAUCUCCGGUCUUGCUGGUGCGGGAUACACUUGCGGUGUUGGCGCAACUUGUGUCUUCUUCACCGCGUCCCAAGCUCCGGGACAUGUCGCCUGCUGCAACUCAAACGAAUGCAAUGCCAGAAACGUCUGUAUCGAUUAUAAUCAGUAUUUUAGCCAGAGCAAGUGCGAUAAUGGUUGUGCUGUUGACACUUUUACUCUCAAAUGCACAAGCACAGAAGCACCCUACUGCAACACGAUUUCCUUCCCAGGAAACAUCAUGGACGUCUUCUGUAAUAAUGUGAACAUCACCGGCAUCCAGGCUGCAUUGACAACAUACCGUGGCGAAUCUUCCAGGACGUUCUUCCCUCUUACGUUGACCGGCAACACUCCUGCUACUACUACCUCCGAUGAUUCUACUUCAGCUAGUCCCACCUCUUCUUCUUCUUCUAGCUCUUCAGCCUCUAGCACAGGUGGCAACGAUAGCAGCGGCGAUAACGGAAGCAGCGGCGACAACAACAAUGGUAGCAAAAACAGUGGUGGCUCCAAGAGUAACACUGGUGCUAUCGUUGGAGGAGUUGUUGGUGGUGUGGGUGGACUUGCCUUGAUUGGCCUUGCCGUCUUCUUCUUCCUCCGCCGUAGGAACCCAGCUACUGGACACGAGCCAGUGAGCCAAAACGCCCCUCCUCCUGUUGUUUAUCCAGCUCCCGGGAUGCAACAGCCCCCCCAGGGCUACUAUGACCCCAAGUUUGCUGCGGCCACGGGACAACAGCCAUACCCCCCCAACCAGCAGUACGGCCAGCAAGGAUUUUACCCUCCACAGCCUUCGGUUUCACCUGACCAGGCUACGUCACCCAAUGGAUCGCACAUUGACCCUCGAUACAGCCUUGCUCCGUCAAGCACCAGCCCGGCCCCGUCUGGUGGCUAUGUAGCUCCCGUGGCCGGAGGCUUCCAGCCCCAAGAAAACGUGAUUCACGAGGCCCCGGCAGCUGGUUCAGACAACCAUCGCGGCGAAAUGCACGAGCUUGCUUAGAUAGCAGCUAUCAUUAGGCAGCAUGGUUGAUGAAAAUAGCAUAUGAUACGGAAAAAAAAAAACUGAUAUGAACAUCGGCAAGCAAAAAAAAUAUGAGCGAGCUGGCGUUAUGGGAUUG